AUGGGUUACCUCCUUGCAAUAUCUUCAAACCAUUCAGUACAGCUAUAUCUCGCCUUGAGCCUAACUCUCCUGCACACCCUCUUCCCUCGUCGUCCCCGGGUGUUCACGCCAGACGGCCACCCCGUCGAUGGGGAGAACAGCUCAACUGCUUUCAACCGGUACUCGAUGCUGUGGUGUGUCACUGCUCUACGUCUUGCCGGGAAGAGGAAUGCCAGAUUUCCAGCGUUGGAUUAUGGUACUCGUUCCAGGACUCAGCCUCUGAUCUCACUCGUUUCCUCUUCUUCCACUCUGUGGAAGUACGUCUUCACUGAGAGAUGGCGUACUUUUGCGAAACAAUGGGCUCUGAUGUUUGUGCAAUCCGUACUGACCUUCGCCUCUCCGUAUUGUGUCACGCAACUGCUGGAGAGCCUUGAAAAGGAAGAACAACGAGAAAAUGCCUGGCUAUGGCUGCUCGCGAUGGGUGCUUCUGCUGUCUGUGAAACCGUCGUCCAUUACCGUCUGGUCUGGAUCCAGUGGUCAGAGGCAGGGAUCCCCAUCCGAGCACAACUCAUCAUGGCCAUCUUCCACAAAGCCCUGCGGAUGAAAGAUUCCUCCAAUACCUCAUCGACAGUCGAGAACAGCAAGAAGAAAUCACCCGAGGCGAUCAAUCUCCUCACGUCUGACACGGUGUCCUUUAGCAAGUUCACGGCCGUGAACCAUGUGCUGCCCUUCUCGUGUCUGGAAUUGCUGCUGGCCGGUUGCUUUCUGUUUCGACUGCUCGGCUGGCAGGGCACGCUGGCAGCCGCAGUGGUCACAGCAGGCUGUUACCCUAUUCAUUCGGCUGUCGUGCGCGGCGAGCAGCAGGCGCAGAAGAAGCUGACCACCGCCAGAGACAAGAAGAUCCGGACGGUCACCGAAGCCCUGCAUGCCCUGCGGCAGAUCAAAUUCCAUGCCCUUGAGGACCCCUGGGAGGCCAGUCUAGCGGCAGUGCGAGAGGAGGAGCUGCAGUGUGUGCGCAGAUGCUUCAUCGCUAGCAAUGUCCGUUCUGUGUGGAAAGUGGCUUCCCCCUUGCUGGUUGCCAGCGCUGCCGUCAUCACGACCACCUCUCUCCACGAGGGAGGAGAUAUCCCCGUGUCGGCCAUCUUCCCACUGCUCGAGCUGCUGCCUCAUCUCCAGGCGUCCUUGGGUGUGAUCCCCCUCGUCGUGCAGGAUUAUCUCGGUGCCAGGUCCAAUGCUCGCCGGAUGGAGGCCUUCCUCAAUCGGGAGGAACAGAAAAGCAUCCUCAGCCCGAGUCUGUCGGGUCGGUUGGAGUUUCACAAUGCCUCUAUCGCCUGGCCUGCUGGUGAUGAUUCUGCAGGUGCCGAGAAAGAAAAAGCCAUUCGUCGGUUCUCUCUCGCUGGGAUCAAUCUUGACUUCCCCGUGGGAGAAAUGAGUGUCGUACACGGCAAAACAGGCUGUGGGAAGAGCUUGUUGCUCGCCGCCGCCCUGGGAGAGGCAGAUCUGCUUGACGGGCGUAUCGAGGUGCCAAUGGUCAAUGGGAAAACACCUGGAACGGCGUUUGUCUCGCAGACCCCCUGGCUGCAGAACAGCACACUCCGAGACAACAUCCUGUUCGGCAGCCCGCUGGAGGCUUCCCGGUACGAGCAGGUUCUGGCCGCCUGUGCCCUGCAUCCCGACCUGGCGGCUCUCCCAGACGGCGACGAGACGCUGAUAGGGCUCCGCGGCGUGAAGCUGAGUGGCGGCCAGCGGGUGAGGGUUGCCCUGGCACGAGCGCUCUAUUCGACCGCUCCCGUCCUUGUCUUGGAUGAUAUCUUGGCCUCCCUUGACGUUCAUGUCGCCAGACACGUCUUCUUCCGGGCGUUGACAGGCGAAUUGUGCCGUGGGCGCACGCGCAUCAUGGCCACGCACCAGCUGGACCUGUGUUUGCCAAACGCUCAAUAUCUUGUUGAGAUCCACGAUGACUACACCAUCACCGGCCAGACCACGCACCACUUGUCGAUUGACAGACCGGUAGAUCUUGAAGUGGAUGCAGAUUGGAAGCCUCAUUCAGCGGAAGAGAAGAAGAAGAAGAAGAAGAAAAAUGAGAGAACAAAGAAAAUUGAAGACAAAAGCACGCUCUCUCACAGCAGUGACAUGAAGGUAUACAAGGCAUACUUCAAAGCCGCAGGAGGUCUCACGUUCACCUGUAUCUAUCUCGGAGGCCUCAUCUCCAAGCAGCUGGCGGGUGCUCUGACAACCGGGAGCAUUCGUUCGGAUCCCCGUCUCUAUCUCUUCAGCUCGCUGCUGUGCGUUCUGCUGGAGGUUGGCUUCAAUCUGCAUCGGUCUGCGGGCUCCCUGCGUGCCUCGAGAGGCUUGUUCCGGGCCAUCACGGCUAGAGUGCUUCGCAUGCCUCUUCUUUGGUUGGACUCCACGCCUAUCGGGGAGAUGCUGAAGCGCUUCAGUACCGACACUAGGAUGGUCGACACUUUCGUGCUGAGCACUCUGUCUCAAUGUGCCGACUGUCUCGUCAAGAUGAUGGUCAUCAUCAGCGUGGGGAUGUAUACCUCCAAAUACACGAGUGUCUUGACAUUAGCCCUCGUGUACGCAAGUGUCCAGGCUGGUCGGAGAUACCUGGCAGCCCGCAAGACAGUGGCUCAGGCCGAGGCACACACCACAGCCGAGAUCCUCGAUCUCUUCACCUCCUCCGUCUCGGGAGUCUCGACCAUCAGGCCGUUUGGCGCGGUGAACCGGUUCGUGGAGGAGAUGCACGACCGCAUUGACGCUCUGUCAACGGCCAGACGGCACUUUUGGAUGUUCAACCGCUGGAUUGCCCUCCAGAUGUCGCUGCUGGCCAUUCUCUUUAGUGUCGGGAUGGGUGCAAUCGGGCUGCUGAUCUCCAUCGAGUCAUCGGUGUUAGGGUUUGCGCUCGCCUUCUCCAGUGCCUUCUCCGGCACGCUGUUCACAGCUGCCAACGGCUUCGGCCAGCUGGAGACCUUUAUGGGCGGAGCGAGCGGCGUCGUCGCCUACUCCCAGCUCGAGACAGAAGACCAAGGCGGCCUGGACGCCCCCCCGAACUGGCCAUCGAAAGGUGAGCUGCAGGCCAGGGGGUUGACCGUGUCGUAUUCCCCCGAUCUAGACCCGGCGCUGAAAGAUAUCUCCUUUGCCAUCGGCGCUGGGCAGCGAGUCGGCAUCGUCGGCCGUACAGGCGCAGGCAAGUCGUCGCUCACUCUUGCCCUGCUCCGCCUCGUCGAGCCCCAGGCCGGGUCGAUUCACAUCGACGGCAUCGACAUCUCCACGAUCAAGCUGCACGCGCUCCGAUCCAGGAUCGCCUUCGUCCCGCAGGAUCCUGUCCUGUUCUCAGGCACCGUCCGGUCGAAUCUCGACUAUUUUCAUCGGCUGUCGGAUGACACGCUCGAGGAGGCCCUGCGGCGUGUCGGGCUGCUAGUCGAUAAAGACAAGAUUAAUGAAAAGUCUGGUCUGUACACGCUGGACUCUCCGAUCAGCACCGGCGGCACAAAUAUGUCCCAGGGACAACGGCAGCUGCUUUGUCUAGCACGUAUUCUCAUCCACGAGCCGAAGAUUGUCAUUCUCGACGAGGCGACCUCCGCAGUGGAUAACAAGACGGAUUCCUUAAUUCAAGACACGCUCUGGAUGGAGCAGGAGAUCGGUAGGACGUUGAUCGUUGUCGCUCAUCGCUUGAGAACCGUGGUCUCGUUUGACCAGCUCAUCGUCCUCGCAGAGGGAAAGAUCGUCGAGAUGGGAAGGCCGGCAGACCUGUGGAAGAGGAGAGGCUCGUUCUAUGAGCUGGUGCAGAACAGUGGAGACAGAGACUUCCUAAGCCAGACCCUCUCGCAUCAUGAUGGUUCGAUUUGA